CGGCGGAGUUGGCGGCGGGGCCGGCGCGCGGGAGCGGCGCGGCCGGGGCGCGGGGCGCGCAGAAUAAUCAUGGGCCAGACUGGCAAGAAAUCUGAGAAGGGACCAGUUUGUUGGCGGAAGCGUGUAAAAUCCGAGUAUAUGCGACUGCGGCAGCUCAAGAGGUUCAGGCGGGCUGAUGAAGUCAAGAGCAUGUUUAGCUCGAACCGCCAGAAAAUCGUGGAGAGGACGGAGAUCUUGAACCAGGAGUGGAAGCAGCGAAGGAUCCAGCCCGUGCACAUCCUGACUUCCGUGAGCUCAUUGCGCGGGACCAGGGAGUGCUCCGUGACGAGUGAGUUUGAUUUCCCGGCGCAGAUCAUCCCUCUGAAGACGCUGAACGCCGUCGCCUCGGUGCCCAUCAUGUAUUCCUGGUCCCCCCUGCAGCAGAAUUUUAUGGUCGAAGAUGAAACUGUUUUACAUAAUAUUCCUUACAUGGGGGAUGAAGUUUUAGACCAGGACGGAACUUUCAUUGAAGAACUAAUCAAAAAUUACGAUGGAAAAGUACACGGGGAUCGAGAAUGUGGGUUUAUAAACGAUGAGAUUUUCGUGGAGCUGGUGAACGCGCUCAGUCAGUACAAUGACGACGAUGAGGAGGAGGACGACGACGGAGACGAGCCCGAUGAAAGAGAGGACAAGCAGAAGGCGCUGGAGGAGAGCCGCGCGGAUAAAGAAAGCCGCCCCCCUCGGAAAUUUCCUUCGGAUAAAAUUUUUGAAGCCAUUUCCUCAAUGUUUCCAGAUAAAGGCACAGCAGAAGAACUCAAAGAAAAGUACAAGGAGCUCACAGAGCAGCAGCUGCCGGGGGCCCUGCCCCCCGAGUGCACCCCGAACAUCGAUGGGCCCAACGCCAGAUCCGUUCAGCGGGAGCAGAGCCUGCACUCGUUCCACACGCUUUUCUGUAGGCGCUGUUUUAAGUACGACUGCUUCCUGCAUCCCUUCCACGCCACGCCCAACACCUACAAGCGCAAGAACACGGAAACCGCGCUGGACAACAAGGCCUGUGGGCCCCAGUGCUACCAGCACCUGGAGGGAGCCAAGGAGUUCGCCGCGGCCCUCACUGCCGAGCGCAUCAAGACGCCGCCCAAGCGGCCCGGAGGCCGCCGGAGGGGACGGCUGCCCAACGCCAGCAGCCGGCCCAGCACGCCCACCAUCAGCGUGCUGGAGUCCAAGGACACCGACAGUGACCGGGAGGCGGGCGCCGAGACGGGCGGGGAGAGCAACGACAAGGAGGAGGAGGAGAAGAAGGACGAGACGUCCAGCUCGUCCGAGGCCAAUUCCCGCUGCCAGACGCCCAUCAAGAUGAAGCCCAACAUCGAGCCCCCCGAGAACGUGGAGUGGAGCGGGGCCGAGGCCUCCAUGUUCCGCGUGCUCAUCGGCACCUACUACGACAACUUCUGCGCCAUCGCCAGGCUGAUUGGGACCAAGACCUGUCGCCAGGUCUAUGAGUUUCGAGUCAAGGAGUCCAGCAUCAUCGCUCCCGCGCCCGCCGAGGACGUGGACACGCCUCCACGGAAGAAGAAGAGGAAACACCGGCUGUGGGCCGCUCACUGCAGGAAGAUCCAGCUGAAGAAGGAUGGUUCCUCCAACCACGUUUACAACUACCAGCCCUGCGACCACCCCCGGCAGCCCUGCGACAGCUCGUGCCCCUGCGUCAUCGCCCAGAACUUCUGCGAGAAGUUCUGCCAGUGCAGCUCCGAGUGCCAGAACCGCUUUCCCGGCUGCCGCUGCAAAGCCCAGUGCAACACCAAGCAGUGCCCCUGCUACCUGGCUGUCCGGGAGUGCGACCCCGACCUGUGCCUCACCUGCGGCGCCGCCGACCACUGGGACAGCAAGAAUGUGUCCUGCAAGAACUGCAGUAUCCAGCGUGGCUCCAAGAAGCAUCUAUUGCUGGCGCCCUCAGACGUGGCCGGCUGGGGCAUUUUCAUCAAAGAUCCUGUUCAGAAAAACGAAUUCAUCUCAGAAUACUGUGGAGAGAUUAUUUCUCAAGACGAAGCGGACCGAAGAGGGAAAGUCUAUGACAAGUACAUGUGCAGCUUUCUCUUCAACUUGAACAACGAUUUUGUGGUGGAUGCAACCCGCAAGGGGAACAAAAUCCGUUUUGCGAAUCAUUCAGUGAAUCCCAACUGCUAUGCAAAAGUCAUGAUGGUCAACGGCGACCACAGGAUUGGGAUCUUCGCCAAGAGAGCCAUCCAGACCGGCGAGGAGCUCUUCUUCGAUUACAGAUACAGCCAGGCAGACGCGCUCAAGUACGUGGGCAUCGAGAGAGAGAUGGAGAUGCCUUGACGCCAGCUACCUCCCCUCCUUUCCGGAACAGCUGCCUUAGCUUCAGGAACCUCGAGUACUGUAGAAAAUGCAGUUUGAAAUUCUGAAAUUGACAAAGUACUGUAAGAAUAAUUUAUAGUGAUGAGUUUUCAAAUCAACUUUUUAUUGCCUUCUCAACCAGCUGCAAAGUGUUUUGUACCAAGUGAAUUUUUUGCAAUAAUGCAGCGUGGUACUUUU